CCCUAUCUCGUUUGUAGAAUCCAUCAAAUAUAGGGUCAUUUUCGUAAAUCCAUCAGGACGGCCCCUACGGGCGCAAAAGAAAAGCGACGAAAGGAUUGGAAAAAGGAAACAGAACCUUUUUUCUCUCUCUCUCUCUCUCUUAUUCCUCUCUCUCUAUCCCAGACUCCCAGUCUUUAGUCUUUGCUCUUCAGUAUCUCUAGUCUCUCUCUAUCUCCCUUCUUUUAUUUGAAAGCUUAGUAGCAGUUUCUUGCUUUGGGUGGGGGUGGGAUGGGAGCCGCGGUGGAGAUACUCGUGGUGGUGGGUCUUAUGAUGGUGUUGGUGGGAAGAAGAGCGGUGGAAGGGGCGACGUGGUGCAUCGCGCGGAGCGCGGCAAGCGCGACGGCGUUGCAGGCGGCGUUGGACUUCGCUUGUGGAGCCGGCCGGGCGGACUGCGUGCCCAUCCAGGCGAGCGGGCUGUGCUACCUGCCCAACACCCUGCCCGCCCACGCCUCCUACGCCUUCAACUCCUACUACCAGCGCUCCAACGCCGCCCCCGGCUCCUGCGACUUCGCCGGCACCGCCGUCGUCAGCGUCACCGACCCCAGUUAUGGAUCAUGCACGUACCCUUCAUCUCAAAGGUAUAUAUCUCUCUCUGUAAAGGAAAUGAGGAAUAUAUACUACCAAACAAAAUGCAAUGAGGAAAAUCUGUGUGUUUUCGGGGAUGUUCUGCGACACUGCAGGAGGCUCAACAUCCAGCACUCCGAUGAACACACCGAUAAACGCACCUCCAACACCAGGUAUCGGUGGCAUCGGUGGUGGUAUUGGUGGGCUGAGUCCCCCAGGGUUCGGCAUGGCAGUGCCUAAAUAUGAUACCUCCUAUGCUUCUCCUCUGCUGUCCCUCCUGCUAUUAACUUGCAUUGGCUUCCUCCUGCUACCCCCUUGAUGGAUUAGACAGGCUGAUAGUCUCCAUUUUUGUGAAAUCACCAGCAAUUUUCUUGCAGAAUUGGUGACCUUUUCUGCAAGUUGUCUAGAAACUAAGUGGUCUUGGUCUUGUAGUAUUUAAAUGUUUACAAGGAUGGAAAUAGUAGGUGGAGUGGUGGGCAGUGGAUAUGGAAUCCUAUGUUGGGGAUGCAAAAGUUAGGGACUUUAUGAGUGAGAUGUCAUGCUAGUCUUCUCUCUCAAAAAGGAUCAUGUAAGUUCUAUUCUUAGGUCCCAUGCCAACUUUUAGUGUAUUUUUGACUAAUCAAAGGAACAGAGUUUGGUGUAAAGAGAGGGACCCAAGUUUCCCUCGUAUGUGAGCUUGUGUUUGUGUAAAUUGAGGUAAUCUCCUUGAAGUGAAUUGAUUUGUUUAUUUAUUUAUUUCAAACAAAUUUGUUAUUUCAUGAUAGCUUAAUG